AUGUAUGACCAAGUUCUUGCCUUGAAAUGGGUGAAAUCUAACAUUGGUGCUUUUGGAGGAGAUCCCAACAUGGUGACCAUUUUUGGAGAAAGCGCUGGAGCAGCAAGUGUAGGCCUACAUCUACUUUCACCAUUGAGUGAGCCAUUAUUCAAUCGCGCCAUAUUGCAGAGUGGUGCGCCUGAUGCCAACUGGGCAGUAAUGACUCAUGCACAGUCCAGGCAGAGAUCUGAAACUCUAGGCCUAUCUCAUGGCUGUGAUGAUUUCGAAGAUAGGGACUUCGUCGAUUGUCUUCGUUGUAUUCCUGCUGAUACAUUGAGUGCUAACGAAUGGGUAACUGGUAAUUUUAACGAGUUCCCAUGGGUUCCCGUCGUUGAUAACAAGUUUCUAACGGACGAACCAAAAAGGUUGAUUCGCAACGGCCACUUCAAGAAAGCCAGUAUCAUGGCAGGCGUUAAUGGAGAUGAAGGCACGUAUUUUAUUCUGUACCAAAUACCAGGAUAUGAAAUAGACACACCCAGUUAUCAGACAUAUGAUAACUACCUAGGCAACGUUGAUGUUGUGAACUAUGAUUUGAAUAUGUGUUCAAGAUCUGCCAUCAAAGACCACUACUCUCACUGGAAUAUGCUCUACGACAGUGUGGCUAACCGUGAUGCCUUAGACGAUGUCGUUGGCGACCGUCAGUUCAUAUGUCCAACAGUUGAUUUUGCUCAUAAAUACGCGCAGGAAAAUGUAAACGUGUACACAUAUAAGCUGGAUAUCAGAGACAGUCAGAAUCCAUGGCCACAAUGGAUGGGGAUAAUGCAUGGUGAUGAUAUCCAGUUCGUUUUUGGCAUGCCCCUGAAUCCUGCAAACGGGUAUACUGAUGAAGAGGUUGAAUUAUCGGAAAACAUAAUGGCUUAUUGGGCGAAUUUCGCUAAAUCAGGGAAUCCAAACAAGGGACAGUUAGUACCAUAUUGGCCACGGCAGACGGCACAGGGACGUCAGUACCUAAGGUUUCCCACCUUUGAAUCUGAUUCUGGACUACGAAAAGAAGAUUGUCAACUGUGGAGUGAAUUAAUACCACUAUUGGAAAGAGACGAGAGAUG